AUGGAGCCUCCCCCCUCUCUGAGCUUGGCUCUGCUAGGAGGGAGUGAGGAGGAGGACCAGCGCUUCCUCUAUCCCCUGGGCAUUAUAUCCCAUCCCUCCGCCACUGGCAACCAGCCAGGAUCCAACCACUCCAACCACAUGGGAGGAUCGAGCCUCGACCGUCUCAAUGGCAGCGGCCCCUCCCCUGCCACGCCCAACGUACCUUCGGUGUCACUUCCUAAGUUGCCCCUGUCCUCGUCUGGAGCGCAGCCCCCCAUCCCCAACGCCCUGCACCCCACCAGCACCCCCUUGUCCUCCUGCUUGGGCUCGCAGCACAGCCUGAGUGGGGACAACUCCCCAGUCUACAACGCCCUCUAUUACUCCUCCCACUCGCCAUCCAUGGACAGGGACAGAGACCGGGACAGGGACAGGGAGAGAGAGCGGGGGUGCAAACACAGACAAGCCAGCCCUCUUGUUCACCGCAGGGACAGCAACCCCUUCACCGAGAUCGCCAUGAGCUCCUGCAAGUACACAGGUGGGGUCAUGAAGCCCCUGAGCCGCCUCAGCGCCUCCCGCCGGAACCUCAUCGAAUCAGACAGCAGCAGCGAGACCAAAGAGGGCGGAGUUUCAGCUGUGGCAGGGGCAUCGGCCGCUGGGGGGCAUGACCGACAGCGAGAAGCCCCUCCCACGUCCUUGGCGGUCCAGACUUCUACCAAUCAAGCCCCAAUCCAGACCCCUCCGGAGAUUGUGAUUUCAUCCAAGGAAGACUCGCCGUACGGCGGAGCAGGGUAUGACAUCACAGACUCCACAUCCAACCAGAUGUCCAUCUACCACCAGAACCACGCCCUGGUGGAGAGCAGGCGGGUGCCGUCGGGCAGGAGCAGCAGGCAGGGGGCGGUGGGGUCGGUGGGCACCGGGACCCGGGGCAGCACCUCCAAGGCCUCCAAACGGAAGAACCAAAACAUUGGCUAUAAACUGGGGCAUCGCAGGGCAUUGUUCGAGAAGAGGAAGAGGCUGAGUGACUACGCUCUCAUCUUCGGAAUGUUUGGAAUCGUUGUCAUGGUGAUUGAGACGGAGCUGUCGUGGGGCGUGUACACAAAGAGCUCCAUGUACUCUCUGGCCCUGAAGUGUCUGAUCAGCCUGUCGACGGUCAUACUGCUGGGCCUCAUCAUCGCCUACCAUGCACGGGAAGUCCAGCUGUUUGUCAUCGACAAUGGAGCAGACGACUGGCGUAUCGCCAUGACGAUGGAAAGGGUCUUGCUGAUCUCGCUGGAGCUGCUGGUGUCUGCUGUGCAUCCGGUGCCCGGGGACUUCAAGUUUCAGUGGAAGGCGCGGCUGGCCUUCUCGUACGCGACGUCGGAGGCCGAGGCCGACCUGGACAUGGUGCUGAGCGUGCCCAUGUUCCUGCGCCUCUACCUCAUUGCCAGAGUCAUGCUUCUGCACAGCAAACUCUUCACAGACGCCUCCUCCAGGAGUAUAGGUGCCCUAAAUAAGGUGCAUUUUAACACACGAUUUGUAAUGAAAACCCUCAUGACCAUCUGCCCCGGGACGGUGCUGCUGGUCUUCAGCAUCUCUCUGUGGAUCAUCGCUGCCUGGACCGUACGAGUGUGUGAGAGGUAUCACGAUGCCCAGGACGUGACCAGUAACUUCCUGGGAGCCAUGUGGCUUAUCUCCAUCACUUUCCUGUCCAUAGGCUAUGGAGACAUGGUUCCUCACACCUACUGUGGCAAAGGAGUCUGUCUACUCACAGGAAUCAUGGGUGCAGGCUGUACGGCUCUGGUGGUUGCCGUGGUAGCCAGGAAGCUGGAGCUGACCAAGGCCGAGAAACACGUACACAACUUCAUGAUGGACACGCAACUCACCAAGAGGAUAAAGAACGCGGCGGCCAACGUGCUGAGGGAGACGUGGCUCAUCUACAAAUGCACCAAGCUGAUGAAGAAGAUCGACCACUCCAGGGUCCGCAAGCACCAGCGGAAGUUCCUCCAGGCGAUUCAUCAAUUACGUAGUGUGAAAAUGGAGCAAAGGAAACUCAGUGAUCAGGCCAACACACUAGUGGACCUCUCAAAGAUGCAGAGCGUCAUGUAUGAGCUUAUGUCGGAGCUCAACGACCGCAGCGAGGACUUGGAGCGCCAGAUGCUGUCCCUGGAGCAGCGGGUGGAGCAGCUCACCGCCGGCUUCAACGCCCUCCCUGCCCAUCUCUCCGCCACCCUCAGCGCCCAGCACGCCGCCCUGGUGCACCUGCUGCGGGAGAGGGAUUCAAGGGAUGGUAGAGGAUGCGCAGGUGCUGUGGUCCCAUUGUCUCCAGCAACUGCUAUAUCCACUGCCACAGCAUCAGUCUCUUCAGUUCAGAUCGCUGCUCCAGCACCACUCCCGGCCCAAGUCCCUACUUUGGCCCUGGAGUCCCCUCCACCGCUGAGCUCAGAGGGGAGCCUGGAGGCGAGUCCCAACUCCAACACCUGCACCUCCAGCUGCUGA